UAGACUAUAAUAUGGUAAUAUGGAAUAGUGUAGUUUAUUGCGGCAUCAUAUCGAUAUUCGUGAAUGAAGUCUCUACUCUCUCUUAAGUAAUUUGAAUAAAGUUUCAUCCCAAGACAUUGAUUCACGAUGAGGCUUCAGGGAAAUGCAGACGAUGGAUUUUCGAAAGAUGGCGAUGCGGAAACGGCAAUGAAAGGGACUGAAUCGAAAACAGUGAUCGUGUUGUCUGCAAUGCUGGCAUUCGGGUUUGUGUUGAUCGCUUGCUUUUACUGUUUAUAUCCAAGAUCACGAAAAAAGAGUUUUGCUGAUGAAGAGGAAGAGUCUCGUAGUUCCGCUUCAGAUGAAUUACGUAACAUAAACAACAGUCAAAGCAAAUCAUCGAGCAUGAACGACACAGGUGGAAGAACAAGAAAAGUCAGUCACUGGACCAAAAUUACAUCGUUUUUUCAAAAUACUUCAGCAUCAGGGGAACUGGAUUAUCGAUUAAAAAGUACACACGGGAGCACAAACCAACUAGCCAAUUCAAGAAAUGGAAACUCAACACCAAUGUACGACAAAUCUCCAAUCGGUGAAAUAAGGACAUCUUACGUUCAACCACAAGCAAAAGAUGGAAAUUACAGAACGCAGGGAGCUACGACGCCGGGGAAAAGGAGGAGUAGUUUCAUACCUGAUUCAUUCAAGCUUCCAUUCGAUCCUUGGUUGAUAACAGAUGAUUCAACAUCUCCACCACAAGGUGCAGACUACAGAGGUCGACUGGAGUUCAGUGUUGCAUAUGCCUUCGAUACAAUGACAUUAGUAGUUAAGAUAUUGAAGGCAACCGAUCUCCCAGCAAUGGAUUUGUCUGGAUUCAGCGACCCUUUCGUAAAGUGCUGUCUGCUACCUGACAGGAAAAGAAAAUUAGAGACGAAAAUUCGAAGAAAAACAUUGAAUCCAAGUUGGAAUGAGACUUUAUUAUUCGAAGGUCUUUCAUACGAUAAAAUACAACAACGAGUUCUUUAUAUGCAAGUCAUGGAUUGGGAUAGAUUCUCCAGAAAUGAUCCGAUCGGUGAAGUCUGCAUUCCUUUGCACCAGAUUGAUUUAACAGACAGCACAUCACAGUGGGAAUACUUGACACCUUGUACUGGAUCGAAUAAACGUGGGGAGCUACUUGUAUCUCUCUGUUAUCAUCCAGUUGAAGGUAAAAUAGACGUAGAAAUCAAACAAGCGAGGAAUUUGAAGCCUAUGGAUAUCGGCGGCACUUCCGAUCCUUACGUUAAAAUAUGGCUGAUGGUUCGAGGCAAAAGAGUUGACAAGCAGAAAACAGCAAUUAUAAAGAAUAAUUUGAAUCCUAAUUUCAAUGAAAAAUUUGUGUUUGCGUCGCCAAUGGAUCGACUUCGUGAGAUACAACUGGAAAUCAGUGUUAUGGAUCGUGAUAAAAUCGGCCGCAAUGAGACGAUAGGAAAGAUAUAUUUGGGGACAAAAAGCAACGCUCUGGAGAAACGACAUUGGAAGGAGAUGCUGACAAAAAUUCGACAGCCUGUUGAACAAUGGCAUAUUCUAAAAGUUUGAUGACCAAGCAAAUACAAAUAACUGAAUUCUACACAGAUGUAUACGCACAGUAGAUAACAAAGCAGUCUUUCUUCAAGACAGUCAAACUAACUGUGAAAACGUAUUGUACAUCACGAAAUAGUAGAUCUGAAUAAAGCACUGUGUUCUGCAUAUCUUACUACAAGUUAUAAAAGUGCGUUGUCCAUAUUGAUGAUAUAGCGUCGUAGCAUGUCCCCCAAAACAACCGAAGGUAGUGACAAACUGCGAACAAAUCUAUCCAUACCUGGUUGCGGAAAAUACAACAGUGUCAUCUUCUGGUCCAUACCAAUCUGAGGUAACAAUCAAUAGCAUAUCUAAUUUUGAUUAUGUUCAUUCUACAAUGAUUAGCCGAUAUUUAUGGCAGUCAAAUUAGAAAUUGGAAUUAUCGUGUAUCUUUUGCGACGUAUUUUUUGCAUUCACAGAUUAAUAAUUUGCAUCAUAUCACUGUCACGACAGAAUAAAGAGUAGUGUGGGAAAUGCCAUGAGGUUUUAAAAAGAUAUUUGCAUUUUUUUCCAAUUAUUUGAAUAAUAGUAACAACUGUUAACAUUUAUAACUAAUUUGAAUAUGCUGAGCAAUACUGUUCAACUCAUUCGCGUGCCAUACUCGAACGUAUACGAUCCACAGAUUCUGUUUGUUUUUUUCGUUGAAUUAACCAGCGGAAGGUAAUUCGGUUAUAUUUUUUCUAUCGAUUCAUUUAAAGUUGUAACGUAUUGAUGCGCCCCGGAAAUUUUAUUGAAUUUUCAAUUUGGACUACUUAACUAUUCUAAACGAAAAAAAACCUACAAAAAUUUCAGUUUCGAAAUUUAAAAACUCAAAUUGUGUACUGGAAACGGGAAAAUGUUUUAAAAAGUCUAAUUGGUUUUAGGUUGCCCGAGGUAGACUGAUUUAAUAAAUAUUCAAAUUGUAAAGAGUGUGUCAUCCACCACUGAUCAAUAUUAUUUAAAUUUAGUCAUGGAUUCAAAUUUGAUCAACUGUUUUUUUUUUUUAAUUUAAUAGUUUGGUACGUCGAGGUUUUUGCUUCCUUAUAUAUAUAUAUGAUUACAUAUUUACUUUACUGUUAUCUAAGUUAACUCUUUAAGAUUUGCAAUUACAUUUGUUAGACGUUUUUAUAAUCGCGGUUCAUCAUUUGCAGAACUUUAGCAACCCCAGGUCAACGUGAAAAUGUAUUGCUUAUUAGUAUUUUAUUGAUGCUAUGUUAUACAAUAGUAUCCGUUCGGGUUUGCGUACUUUUGCUAAUGAAAUUUAAUUUUGUUGCACAUUAUUAUUAUUUUUUAUUCAAUUUGAGAACUUAGUUACCACUUACUUCACGUCGCUUCAACAUGUCGUGCAAUACACAAAGCAAACAUAUGUUA